AUGGCGUUGUUAAAAUAUCUUGGACUUUCUGAGAAGUUUAGGGGUAAGAUUGAGGCUUGUCUGACCACUUCCAGGUGGCAGGGGAUAAGGCAAGGGGAUCCCUUGUUCCCUUACCUUUUUGUCUUGGUCAUGAACGUUCUUUCUAAGCUUCUGGAUUUGGCUGCUGCAAGAAACUUUUUUCAGUUUUAUCCCAAAUGUAAGAAAGUUAGCUUAACUAAUCUCAGUUUUGUUGAUGAUCUCCUUAUCUUCUGUAAGGGUUUAUUGGAUUCGAUUAUUGGGGUUAAGUGCAUUUUGAAGAAUUUUUAUGUGUGGUAUGGUUUGAAGAUUAAUGUUGCUAAGAGUGAGUUCUUUGCUUCUGGGGUAAGUGUUAAUUCUCUUGCUGUAAUUCAGAGUCUUUUGGGGUUCAAGUUAGGUCAUCUGCCUGCUCGUUACGUUGGGGCCCCUUUGGUAACUAGGAAACUCUCUAAAAAGGAUUGUUACCCUCUUAUUGAAAAGUUAAGGCAGCUCAUUCUACCUCAGUCCAUCAUUAAGCACAUUGAGCAACUUUGUGUUGGGUACCUUCUGACUCUUCUGCAACAUGUGUUAAGGUUUAGUUGGGAGAGAACUUGCUCCCCUAAAUUUGAGGGGAGACUUGGUUUGAGGGAUCUUAAAACCUGGAGCAAGGGCUAUCUUUUCUCUCUUGCAAAGGACAUUCUGGCUGGCCAAGGUUCUCUCUGGGUCGCUUGGUUUCAUGCUUUUGUGUUUAAAGGGGUUGGGUUCUGGCAGAUUAUCCCCAAUCCCCAUUUUAGUUGGUGCAAAAGGACGAUGUCGAAAACUAGGGAGGAGUCUUUCGUGGUGCUUGGUGCGAUUGUUGGUUGGAGUGAGGUUACCACCUCCUGGAUAUGGUCUGAGCUUGCAAUCCUGGGGAGGUUCUCUACAAAUGAUUGUCUUCUUCGUUGGGGUGUUGUUGUGUUGCGGAAUACGACUAUCGAAUAG